AUGUUUAAAUGCUUUUGUCGAAAUGGGGAUUUUGAUGAGGCGGAUUUGGCGUUGCGGAAGCUUGUUAAAAACGGGUUUGUUGUUGAUAUUUGUGUGUACGGAUCGUGGAUCGACGGUCUUUGUAAAUCCGGGAAGUAUCGUGAAGCCGAUAAGUUGUUUAGAAAGUUGUUAAAAUGGGGUUCAGUGAAAAAGUUUGGAGAGGAAAAGAAAGUGUUGAAGGAGGGUCGACGAGCGAUUUUUCAGUUAAACUGCGAGGGUGUUGUUCCGGAACUAAUGGCGUAUGAGUGUUAUUUUCGUGCUUUGUGUAAUGCGAUGAAACUUGAUGAUGCGGAAGUUUUGUUGAAGAAGAUGAUGAGUGGUAGAGCUUUGCCGGAAACUUGUGUUUACGGGUCGUUUAUUAAGGCGCUUUUUCGAAGCGGUAGGGAUGAAGAUGCUAUGAAGUUUUUUAAAGUUCAAAGGAAAAAGGGGUUGGUUCGUGUUGAUGAAAUUGUUACGUACGUAAUCAUGGGACUAUGCGAAAACGGGAAAAGUGAUGAUGCUUUAAGGUUAUUUGACGAGAUUUUAACGGUUAACGGUUUUGUAAACGGUUCGAAUGUUUGUAAUAUCAUAUUAGACGGUUAUUGGAAGCACAAUGGUGUGUCGAAAGCGGAACUUUUCUUUGAGAGAUAG